UUCACUGCGUCCAUUUAUAAACAAAGACUUUUGUUUUAUAAAAUGGACGAACAUGGAGUCUCUCUUUCAUCAAGCUUUAGCGACUCCUCCUGCAUUUCUGAUCUUCUUCUUCCUUCACUUGGUUUGAGAUGGAUUUUUCUGAAGCUCGUCUAAGUAGAAUUGAGUCACAGAGUUCAACUGAUUCGUCUCAUGACCAAAGGAGACAAGGGUACUUCUCCAUGAAUAAGAUAAACAACGGUCUUCGCUCACUCAGUUCACGAGGUUUCCUUCAAGCUAGAGGAAAAGCCAUACCGCAGCCUAUGGAAGACACUGAGUCUGUGUCGGAGUUCCUUAUUAAUCUCAAAUGUCCGGAUCUUUUCGAUCUCCCUGGUGAAUAUGUGGUGAUGAAUGCGGAGAUGCUUAGCAGACUGAGUGAUGAGAACGAAGAAUGGCUGAAGAAAAUGAGAAGCCUUGGAACACCACUGGCAUGUCUCAAGAAUGAUCAAGCAGAUUCUGUUCUUCAUCUUGCUGCUACAUGGAAUCAUCUAGAACUAGUGAAGAGCAUUGUAUCUGAAUGGCCAUGCCUUUUAUUGGAGCCAAACUUGAAGGAUCAGCUUCCAUCUCAUGUAGCGGCUAGUGCUGGACGUCUAGCUGUUGUUAAGGCUCUUGUUGCGUCGAUAACAUUUUUUUCAGCUAGAUUUGCUGAAGAAGAUAGGGAGAUACUAAAUCCAUAUCUUCUGAAGGACAUAAAUGGAGAUACUGCUCUGAACUUGGCCUUGAAAGGACGCUGUAGGGAGGUUGCUUUCUGUUUGGUGAAGGCGAACCAACAAGCUUCGUUUCUUGCCAGUAAAGACAGAAAAUCUCCCUUGUAUUUGGCAGUAGAAGCCGGGGAUGUGUCCCUUGUGAAAGCAAUGUUGAGAAAUGAUCGUCCUGAAGGGAGAAGUUUUAACUUAGAAGGGAGACAAUAUCUUGCACACACAGCUUUGAAGUCCAUGAGUACAGAUGUCCUUGAUAUUAUUCUUAAUAAAUAUCCAACUCUUGUCCAUGAGAGAGAUGAAGAAGGAAAAUCCUGUCUUUCGUUUGGAGCAUCCAUGGGAAAUUAUAAAGGAGUAUGCAACCUGUUAGACCGAUCAACAUCAAGUGCCUUUGAAUGCAACGAUGAUGGAUCAUUUCCAAUCCAUGUGGCAGUAGAGAAAGGUCAUAUUGAAGUUGUCAAAGAGAUUUUAAAACGUUGUCCAUACUCAAAGCACUUGCUUAACAAAAAAGGUCAGAACAUUCUUCACAUUGCAGCUGAAAGUGGGAAGUUUGAAAUUCUACGCCACUUGACGAGAAAUGAACAAACAAACCUUCUAGCUUCUGAGCAAGAUGUGGAUGGGAAUACACCCCUACAUCUAGCCACCAUAAAGUGGCGCCCUCGAGCUGUUUGUGAGCUUGUAAGGAAAAAAAACCUGUUGAUACAGAACAAUAGGGGCUUGACAGCUCUAGAUAUUGCCGAGUCAAAACUGAAACCCCACUACAUCUAUCGAGAGAGGUAUACACUGCUGGUCUUAGUAGAAGCUCACUGCCAAAACGAUCCUAGAUGCAGGCAUACCAUGUCGCCAACAAGACCAAUAACGCCUAAGGGGGGCGGAAACAAAGAUUACGUCAACGCUCUUCUAGUAGUGGCAGCUCUUAUAGCCACCGUGACGUUUACUGCUGGUUUUACUUUACCAGGUGGCUUUAAAAGUUCUACUCCGAACUUGGGCAUGGCAAAUCUAGCAACUAACCCUCGUCUCCUCCUUUUCCUGCUAUAUGACAUUUUAGCACUGGAAACCUCAUUUGUAGCUGUAGUUUCUCUCAUAUUGGCGCAAUUAGGUGAUCCUGCACUAUAUCAAAGUACCGUAAGGGUGGCCAUGGCAUUCGUGUGUAUGUCUAUAUAUCUCAUGAGCAUAGCAUUCUUCUUCGCCAUGGUUAUUGCAGCUGGGAAUGUUAUAUGGCUUAUUGUCGUCUUUUGUAUUAUAAUUUUGCCCUUCAUAGUUGCGAUUAUUUCAAUGUUUUUCCCUCACUUCGUCCUACACUAUCCUGGACCUCCUGCUGCGGUUAGCAAGUAUUUAGUUUCUCAUGUAGUAGGUAAAGUUGAUGACGAUGACGAAAGGUAUCAGUCCUCUGGGGACAAGUCUGCCUGGGGACAAGUCUGUGAUAUAGUAUUACCCAUGUUGAUUGGCUCGUGGCCAAAUAAGAAGAGUCUGGAAUUAAUCAACGCGUGGCAGGUGGUGAUUGGCAGAUCGUAGAUGGCCGUUAGAGACUAUAUG